UCUGGAAGUAUGAGAACUUAAAAGUAAAUUAUUUGAUUACAGAGAAGCUAAUUUGAUGAGAUACAAUCAAGUUCAAAUAUAAAAUGUAUGUAUGUACUGAAGAAACAAAUUAAUUCUAAACUUUUUUAUGUUUUUCUUUUUCUUCCCAAACCAUUAAGAAUUAUAAAUUAAAAUUCUCUUCUUGAUCUGCUCUCCCUCUACAACUUGUUGAUCAAAAGAUCAUGCGCAGGAUAAAAAGACACACUAAAAGACGAUGUAUAAAAGGAUACUUUGAUUCUAUAUGUGUCAUUAAGAUCAGAGUGCGUAUUGAGAAAACAUUUCAAAAAUAAUUUUGUUAGUAUAAAAACUUCAGUAUAAAAGGUCGAUUGUUUUGCAUUACGCUUCAUCUUCGCCGUACAUUAGUUAAAAUUAUUUUGUUGUUUGGUGUAGUUUUGUGCUACUUUGCAGAAAAAUCUUUCUAUGAGAAAUGUUUGCAAUAUUCUUUACUUUUAUGUUCGUAACAGCAUAUGCGGCAAAUGAAAUACCUUCCUACAUCCACCCGUGUGGUCGAAAAGAUCCCAACUACAGUCAAUGUUUUGCAGACAACAUUAAUAGUGUGAAGAAUUAUAUUUGCACAGGAAUACCGGAAUUGAAUCUUCCUCCGCAAGAACCACUAAUUAUUGACAAAAUUGAUAUUUUUGACACGAAUAAUCUGAAAUUGUCUACGAAAAACUCAAAAAUAAGAGGAAUUUGUAAUUUCGAUGUAACUUCUUAUAAUGUAUCUUCUGACAAGCUUCAUUUCGAGUUUAGUUUCAUAUUCAAAAAUAUUUCCAUGGACUCCGUCUACAACGCUGAGAUACGUUUACUGGUGUUACUUGCUAAUGAAGGACAAAUUCACAUUACUUCAGAUAACAUAGACGGAAAGAUAAGUGCAGAUGCGAAAAUAGUAAUCAAGAACGGUAAAAAACAAUUAUAUCCAUCAAAAAUAAAUUGUAGUCUCAAUAUAAAAAAAUUAAAUUAUAAGUUUGAUGAAAGCGAGAAAAACUUAGAUCAACUACACAAAGUUUUUAUCAAAACCAUAAACGAAAAUACAGAGGAAAUAAUUAAUAUAAUUACGCCGAAAAUAGAAGAGGCGGUGUCUAAAUUAUUGAUUUUUGUUAUUAACACUAUUGUCUAUAAUAGAUUUGAACAAUUGUUUCCCGAUGAAGCAUAAAAUGUCUCAGAUAUUCAUAUUUUGUUCUUAUUUAGAACGAUUCAUCUUUAGAUACUGUAUGGAUCAUUUCACUUACUACAGAGUAUCUAAAAAUAUAUACAAACCUAAGACAAUCUUAUAUUUAAACUCCAACUAUGAAUACAAGAUAUUGAAAUUCUUCAUCAUAAAGUCGUUUUACGCAUCCCAUAAUGCAAUCCGAUUUAAUUAAAGAAAAAUUAAAAUAUGUUACCUGUAAUAUAUUUUCAUUAU